AUGGAGCUGGAAGAGUUGGGGAUCCGAGAGGAAUGUGGCGUGUUUGGGUGCAUCGCCUCAGGAGAGUGGCCCACGCAGCUGGAUGUAUCACAUGUGAUCACUCUGGGACUCGUGGCGCUGCAGCACCGGGGUCAGGAGAGUACUGGUAUUGUGACUAGUGACGGCAGUUCAGUGCCAACAUUCAAAUCACACAAGGGAAUGGGUCUUGUAAAUCACGUCUUUACUGAAGACAAUUUGAAAAAAUUGUAUGUUUCAAAUCUUGGAAUUGGACACACAAGGCAUGCCACUACAGCAAAGUGUGAAUAAAAUUGUCAGCCCUUUGUUGUUGAAACGCUUCAUGGGAAGAUAGCUAUGGCACAUAAUGGUGAAUUGGUAAAUGCUGCUCGAUUAAGGAAAAAGCUUCUGUGUCAUGGUAUUGGUCUGUCCACAAGUUCUGAUAGUGAAAUGAUUACCCAGUUACUGGCGUAUACUCCUCUUCAGGAACAAGAUGACACCCCAGAAUGGGUAGCAAGGAUUAAAAACUUGAUGAAGGAAGCAUCCACAGCAUACUCCCUGCUUAUAAUGUACAGAGAUGUUAUUUAUGCAGUACAAGAUCCUUAUGGAAAUCGUCUGUUAUGCAUUGGUUGUCUUAUUCCAAUGUCUGAUAUAAAUAACAAAGAGAAAGAAACAGAAGGAUGGGUGCUAUCUUCAAAAUCUUGUAGCUUCUUAUCUAUUGGUGCAAGAUAUUACCGUGAAAUCUUGCCUGGAGAAAUCGUGGAAAUAUCCAGACAUAAAGUCCAAACUCUUGAUAUCAUAUCAAGAUCUGAAGGAAACCCAAUGGCUUUUUGUAUCUUUGAAUAUGUUUAUUUUGCAAGACCUGACAGUAUGUUUGAAGACCAAAUGGUUUAUACCGUAAGAUACCGUUGUGGCCAGCAGCUAGCAAUUGAAGCACCUGUGGAUGCAGAUUUGGUUAGCACUGUUCCAGAAUCUGCUAUGCCCGCUGCUCUUGCUUAUGCAGCAAAGUGUGGACUUCCAUAUGUGGAGGUGCUGUGUAAAAACCGGUAUGUAGGGAGAAACUUCAUUCAGCCAAACAUGAGGUUAAGACAGCUUGGUACUGCAAAAAAAUUUGUAGUAUUGUCAGACAAAUUUAAAGGCAAAAGAAUUGUUCUUGUAGAUGAUUCAAUUGUGAGAGGGAAUACCAUCUCACCUAUAAUAAAACUGCUCAAAGAAUCUGGUGCAAAAGAGGUACACAUUCGAGUAGCUUCACCACCAAUUAAAUAUCCAUGCUUCAUGGGAAUAAACAUUCCUACAAAAGAAGAGCUCAUUGCCAAUAAACCAGAAUUUGAUCACCUUGCAGAAUAUCUAGGAGCGAACAGUGUUGUGUAUCUGUCAGUAGAAGGACUGGUUUCAUCUGUACAAGAAGGGAUAAAAUUUAAAAAACAAAAAGAGAAGAAGCACAACAUUAUGAUCCAAGAAAUCGGAAAUGGUAUGGAAUGUUUUGAAAGGAGCGGUCAUUGUACAGCUUGUCUCACUGGAAAAUAUCCUGUAGAAUUGGAAUGGUAG